AUGUCGGACGACGAUUUCAUGCAGGCCUCUGAUGAGGAGGAGUACGACUUUGAGUACGAGGAUGACGAUGACGAGCAGGAUUCCGGCGAGGUCGACAUCGAAAACAAAUAUUACAACGCCAAACAGCUGAAGCUCACCGAGCCCGAAGAGGCGAUCGAAGAGUUUUUGGGCGUCCCGCCGCUCGAGCAAGACAAAGGUGAUUGGGGAUUUAAAGGUCUGAAGCAAGCGAUAAAGCUUGAGUUCAAGCUACAGAGAUACGAUAAGGCGAUCGAGCACUAUGCUGAGCUCCUCACAUACGUCAAGUCCGCGGUGACGCGAAACUACUCGGAGAAGUCUAUUAACAACAUGCUGGACUACAUUGAGAAGGGAUCCGAUGACGCUGGAGCUGUCAAGUGCAUGGAGCAGUUCUACUCGCUUACUCUGCAAUGCUUCCAAUCCACCAACAACGAGCGACUGUGGCUCAAAACGAACAUCAAGCUCGCAAAGCUACUGCUGGACCGCAAGGACUACCAGGCGGUGUCUAAGAAGCUUAAGGAGCUCCACCGAUCCUGCCAGAGAGAGGAUGGCACCGACGACCCCUCCAAAGGCACCUACAGUCUCGAGAUCUACGCGCUAGAGAUCCAGAUGUACGCCGAGACGAAGAACAACAAGCAACUCAAGCGGCUGUACCAGCGAGCACUUAAGGUACGCUCCGCCGUACCGCAUCCCAAGAUCAUGGGUAUCAUUCGAGAGUGCGGCGGCAAGAUGCACAUGAGUGAGGAGAACUGGGCGGAGGCGCAGUCAGACUUCUUCGAGUCAUUCCGAAACUACGACGAGGCUGGCAGUCUGCAGCGAAUCCAGGUGCUGCGCUACCUGCUGCUGACCACAAUGCUCAUGAAGUCAGACAUCAACCCCUUUGACAGUCAGGAGACGAAGCCUUACAGGAAUGAUCCGCGGAUUGCUGCCAUGACGGACCUGGUAGAUGCGUACCAGCGCGACGACAUACACAAGUACGAAGACGUACUGCAGAAGAACACAGAUCUGCUAGCUGACCCCUUUAUUGCCGAGAACAUCGACGAGGUGACACGCAACAUGCGCACCAAGGCCGUGCUGAAGCUCAUCGCCCCCUACACGCGCAUGCGCAUUGCCUGGAUCGCCAAGCAGCUGCGUAUCGGCGAGCCCGAGGUCCAGGACAUUCUCGGCUUCCUGAUCGUCGAUGGCAAGAUCAUGGGCAAGAUCGACCAGCAGGCAGGCACCCUCGUCAUCGACAGCCACGCCGAUGCUGACCGCAUCCAAGCCAUCCAGGGCCUCGCCGACGCGCUGACAGGUUUGUACACCGCUAUAUUCAAAGAUGGCGACGGCUUCAGAUCCAAUGACGGGCAGGCCGCAGGAGGUGACUCCAGUCUGGAUCUUGGCAUGGAUAUGGGCGGACUCCCCGGCAGAACAGCACGGACUACGGGCAGAGCGGGCAGGAGAGGUACGAAGGGCAUGAUGUCCGGCAUCGUUUUUUCGUAA